CUCUGCGCUAUGCUUACCGUUAUCAGUUCGUACGUGAUAUCAGGUUUUGCCGUAUGUUCGGGUGACUAUCCACACAAAAUCUUCUAGGCCAAGGGUUCGUAGGGGCUGGGAGAGUUCUUUUCCAUUGCAUUGCUGAGGCCAAAAUGACAAAGCUGAAGCGACGUGUGCCCAUAGUACCAAAGCCCAAAGCCGUCGAGUACCAACAAUCGAAUAAAAAGGCAAUUGCAAAUAAGAAAACGGCUUCGGUGAACGACCAGAGGAGGGAAUCCGCUCAGCAUGGCAAGUCGGAGUCAGUUCCCGGCGGCCGGGGCCAUAAUGCAGCCAAGCGUUCGCGGGAGGUUGAACCUAUAGAUGCCGCAAACCGCAAAGCUAAGCGACACAAAGCUCAAGGUGGAAAUGGAAAUCGGCACCCACAAGGAGCCAUCGGUCAUCAAUGGCAACCUAUCAGCGUUGUCCAUCAGCAGGCAGCCUUUGCGGUUCAGCGCUUGCUGGAGGCAGAUAGCCAGCGCAAGCACGGGGCAAGCCUGAAGUCCCUAACGCUGGCUCCUCACGUCGUUGCCAAGAAGGCGACAUAUGCCGUGACAUGCCAGGUCCUGAAAUUUUCGCGCCUGUUGGAGCAGUUGGACCAACUAACCCAACUGUCGUCCAGCCGUCCGAAGUUGGGCAAGUAUGUGGCGCUGGUGCUGGUGUACGAGCUGCUGGGGGGCGAGGGUUUGGAGCGCAAGGGGCAGGCGGAGAGGGCCGUACUGGCAGCGGAGCCGGAGUUGCGGGGGGCUCUGGAGGGGCUGCUGCGGGAGGCGGGAGUGCAGUCGAUGGAGGAGUGGCUAGCAAAGCAGCAAGGGCAGCAGCCGGGGGCCAGCAGCGGUGACGGCGAGGGAGGGGGAGCGUGCGGGGGCGGCGGUCCGGACGUGCCGCACCCCCGCUGGGUCCGCGUCAACACCCUCAAAGCCAACAUGGAUGACAUCGUACGGCAACUGGACGAGCACCUCCUAAACCUCCAACCGUCACCCAAACACAGGCAGCAAUCGCUCAAGUCAGACAAGCAGCAGCCUUCGACAACAACCUCCCUACCCUCCCCAUGCACGUCAUCAGCGCCAUGUCGCGGCGCCCAGCGUGACCCCCUGCUGCCGGACCUGCUGGCCCUGCCGCCCGGCACCGACCUGCACGACCACCCGCUGGUGACCCGCGGGUCGGUGGUGCUGCAGAGCAAGGCCUCCUGCAUGCCCGCUCAUGCGCUGGCUCCGCAGCCCGGCUGGACGGUGGUGGACUGCUGUGCGGCCCCCGGGAACAAGACGACCCACCUGGCGGCACUCAUGGGAAACAAGGGUCGUGUCAUCGCAUUCGACAAGGACCCGCGCCGGCUGUCCCGCCUGCAGGCCAACGCGGCGCUCACGGGCGCUGCCGGUUGCAUCGAGGCAAGGCUGGGGGACUUCCUGGCCACCGACCCCACUGCGCCGGAGUUUGCAGAGGUCCGCGGGGUACUGUUGGACCCCUCCUGCUCCGGCUCCGGAACCACCUUCACGCGCAUGGACCACCUGCUGCCCUCCUACCUGCAACAUCGGGAGCUGCAGCAACAGCAAGGUGCCGCCGCCACAGGACCAGCAGCACCCAGCAGCACCGUCCCACCCGAACCCUCC